CCAACCCACCACCGCUCGUCUCGUUCCACAUACAAAACCUCAAACCCCCUUCCGCAAGCAGAACACUCCCGAAAUCUUACAUUAUCUCCUUCAUCUUCUCGCUAAAGAUUCCCCAAAAAUGGGCAUGAUUCUCGGCAAAAUCUCCGUCGAGACCCCGAAAUACCAGGUCCUCCGCUCCUGCGCCGACUACGAGAUCCGCCACUACGCCCCCUCCGUCGUCGCCGAGGUCACCUACACGCCCUCCCAGUUCAACGGCAGGCGCGACGGCGGCUUCUCCGUCCUCGCCGGCUACAUCGGCGCCCUCGGCGACCCCCAGAACGCCAAGCCCGAGAAGAUCGCCAUGACCGCCCCGGUGAUCACCAAGAGCGAGAGGAUUGCCAUGACGGCCCCGGUGAUCACCCAAGGGCCGCCUGGCGGCGGGGGGGAGGAGGCGGUGACGAUGCGGUUCGUGCUUCCGGCGAAGUACGGGAGGGCGGAGGAGGCGCCGACGCCGCUGGACGAGAGGGUGGUGGUGAGGGAGGAGGAGGGGGGGAAGUACGGGGUGGUGAGGUUCAGCGGGGUGGCGACGGAGAGGGUGGCGAGGGAGAAGGCGGAGAGGCUGAGGGAGUGGCUGGAGAGGGACGGGCAUAAGGUGGCGGGGGAGUGGGUGCUGGCGAGGUACAAUCCGCCGUGGACGGUGCCGCCGUUGAGGACCAACGAGGUCAUGAUUCCGAUCGAGUGAGGUGACGGAGUGGACCGGGGCAAGCCGAAGCAGAUUAGGCAGUUGGGAAUUUGGCUUUCUGGUGUUUUUGUAUUUUCUGUAAUUUUCUUUGUUUUCGUUAAAUUUCAUGUUCUUUUUUCUUAUUUCAAUAUAGAAUGUCGAAGAACACAUCUC